CGGGAGGGCUGUGUAAAAUCGGUUGCUUAAUCCUAGGUUUUACUAUAUAAAUACAAUAAAUCCACAUUCAGACUCAAAGACAAUCGACUAUUCCACAAAUCUUUUUAUAAAAAAAGAUGAUCCGCUCUCUCCUCCCUAACCUCUAUCUCGGCCGUCACAGCCCCGGCCCCCUCAACUCCCUCACCGACGUGCCCGGCGUGCUCGUCCACACCGAAUCCAUCAACAAGCCCGCCUCAGCAACACCCCGCAACCACGCCAUCAAUACAGGCGUCACGGUGAUCCUCCCCCGGCGCGACUGGUUCCACAAUGCCUGCUACGCGGGGUACUUCCGGUUCAACGGCAGUGGGGAGAUGACGGGUUCGCACUGGCUCGACGAAACAGGCCUGCUCAAUUCCCCCAUCGUCAUCACCAACUCGUUCGCCGUAGGGCCGUGCUACUCUGGCGUCUACGAGUACGCGAUCCGCGAGUACGCAGGCUCAAAGCCGGCAGAUUGGUUCCUCUUGCCCGUGAUCGCGGAGACGUGUGAUUCGUAUCUGAGCGACAUCGCGGCCAUGGCGGUGACGCCGGAGAUGGUGGUGCGAGGAAUUGACCGUGCAGACAACAAGAGGGUUGACGAAGGGAAUACGGGCGGCGGUACGGGGAUGACAUGUCAUGGGUUCAAGGCUGGUACUGGCAGUGCGAGUAGGGUGAUUGAGGGCGUUGAGUAUGGGGUGACGAAGACGUACACAGUCGCGGCGCUGGUGCAGGCGAAUUACGGCGCAAAGCGGGAUUUGAGGGUGGGCGGAGUGCCCGUGGGGAGGAUCAUGAUUGAGAGGGAGACGGCAGCAGAGAAAAAGGAGGAGGAGAGACAGGCGGAUGUCAAGAUGGCGACGAAGGACGGGAGUAUUAUAGUGGUGCUGGCGACGGAUGCGCCGCUGCAUCCAGUGCAGCUGCAACGGCUUGCGAAGCGCGCGACGGUGGGUGUUGCGAGAGUUGGCGGUUGGGGGUCGAAUUCGUCUGGGGAUUUGUUUAUUGCGUUCAGCACCGCAGAGAAGAUUCCUCGAGCGCCAGAGUUUAGCUGGAAGCCGACAGCAGCGCAGAAGGUUGGUGUUGUGCAGGAUACUACGAUCAAUGCGUUGUUCGAAGCAGCGGCAGAUUCGACCGAGGAAGCCAUCUAUAAUGCUUUGGCGGCAGCUGAAGAUAUGGAAGGGCCGUUGGGAGCAGCAAAGGCGAUUAACCAUGAGGAACUGAAAGAAAUCGUGGAAAAAUAUCAAUCAAUUGAUACAGGUAUCAAUUGAUAUAGACCUAUUACAUAUCCUUACAUAUAUAUUCACUCUUUUAUAUGAAAUUGUA